AUGUACGACGACGACGAUAGUUUCCACAGUGCCCCACCACGGCAGUCACUACUACCAGACCUACCGGACGAUGUCGAUGGCGGGACUGUACAAUCGCUGGAGUUUGGACGACGAGCAAUCAGUGAGGACCCACGAUUCAUGUUUGGGGGAAGGCAGAGUGAGCGAUUUGGGGAUCUGAGCGAACUCGGGGCGGUAGACGAGGAGUACGAGGUCGAUGGGACCUUCAUCAACAGACGUGCAGAUGGGCUCUUUGAUCCUGCGAUCGACGAAGCUCUAGAUGGGGACGAGACGACAAUACAAGCACUUACAGGGCGAAGAGACGGACGGCCAAGCGACGUAAACUUGGGGGUAUUUGGCGAGGGAGAGGAUGAUACAGAAGAGCCUACCUUUCGCUUUAUGAUACCUGAGCGCAUGCGUGUGCCAAAUCAAGAAGACGGGCAAAGAAACCAAGACGAGCAAGAAGAGGACGAACAACAGCUGGAUGACGAAUCUUUAAAUCUGCCCGAUGAUUACGACUUACCCGAUAGCGACAACCAGGACGAGAUAACCGCUGUUUUGAACGGUGAAGAUCCGACAGAAACCGGCGGUAUGCUAGGUUGGGAAUCGGAUCCGCCUGCAGAUGACGACGCCGAACUAACCGCCUAUCGAGAAGAAGAAUCAGCCAUUGAUCGAAGUCGGCAGACCAAGUCGCCUGAGCAAGCAUCUGUAGCCCAGCUGAAGGGUGCUCGCAAGUCGAAAGAAUACAUGGUUUCCGAACACGGUAUCGGCUUCCCCUCAUUCCCAACCGCGCCUGUCAAGAAGCUCGCCUUGAGCUUCAUGAAGUCGCAGGGGGGCAAGGCUCAGCUUAACAAAGAAACGCUUGACGCGCUUGUGCGGACGACCAAUGAUUUCUUCGAGCAGAUCAGCAUAGAUCUCGCAGCAUAUGCAAAGCACGGUCAACGCAAGAUGAUUGAAGAAAGCGACGUCAUCGCGCUUAUGAAGAGGACUCGUAAGACCACCAAUAAUAGUACAUCGUUUUCUCUGGCGCAGAAGAUGCUUCCGAGAGAGCUACUCCAGCAGCUGCGCAUGGAGCCUCCAGUCAAGCUGAAGGGACAAAAGCGGAAGCGAUUGAAUCCUAUCCGUGAGGAACAUGAAGAUGACGACUGA